AUGCCCGUAACAGUUAUAACUGCUAAACCCACGGAACGAGUCGAGGGAGCUUUCAGAUUCAUAGGUUUGAUGAAUUUGACCGACCCUGUAUUUCGUGGCACUCAUCAUGGAAGGAAGAAACAUGAGGAUGACUUCGAGUCUAUGUUGGACCGAUCGCGUGCAGCAGGCGUCAAAUCCAUGAUCAUCACGGGUGGUAGCUUGAAGGAAUCCAAACAUGCACUAGACCUUGCCAAAAAACACAAUCUCUAUGCUACAGUUGGUUGUCAUCCAACGCGCUCAAAAGAAUUCGAACAGUACCCUAAUGGACCCGACGCGUAUCUUCAAGCGUUGGAUGAUUUAAUUCAGAAAAACCUACUUGGCAAUGGUCGCGUCGUUGCGAUUGGAGAGUGUGGCUUAGACUAUGACCGUACUCACUUCGCAUCGAAGGAUGUACAAAAGAAGCAUUUUCGAUCGCAGCUCAGUCUUGCAAAGAAAUUCCACUUGCCAUUGUUUCUCCACUCUCGUGCGGCCCACGCUGACUUUGUAAACAUUUUGAAGGAAGAAGGCUUCAGCGAUAACGGAGGCCGAGCCUUAGGUGCUAAAGGGGGUGUCGUCCAUAGCUUCACCGGUUCCGUCGAGGAAGUCGAAGAGCUUAUGGCCAUGGGUUUUCAUAUCAGCGUGAACGGAUGUUCCAUGAAGACAGAGCAAAACCUUCAGGCUGCCAAGAUUAUCCGCCCCGAAAAGCUCCUUCUGGAAACAGAUGCACCUUGGUGCUCGAUGACUUCAACGCAUGCGUCGAAACCACACUUGGAUAGUCUUCCCGUCAACCUCCGAGCCCUGUACUUUCCCUCUGCUACAAAACCGGAAUCCUUCGUUUAUGGAAAACCAGUCAAAGGCAGAAAUGAACCAAGUGCAAUCGGGGGUGUUGCAUGGGUAGUGCAUAGAUUGAACGAAGGUGUUCCUUUCGAGAAAGUGACUGAAAAGGCAUAUAAAAAUACGGUACAGCUAUUUGGUCUGGACGAGCUUGUAUAG